AUGGCGGAAAAACAAGGCGAAAACACAAAUGAUGGCGACCACUCAGAUUUGGAUUACGAACCAGAGGAGGAAAUGGCGACAAUGGCGGAAACUGGGACUCCAGAUCCAACACAUGUGUUGGAAACCAUGUAUCAACAAACCUCAACUAGUGGCGGCAAUGGCGACUUGAAGAAGCAAGUGACGUGGCAGGUACCUUCCAAAGUGACGAGGCGACCAAGCCCAAGGCGGAGAGGUGUAUGCGGUGUGGAAAAACAGGGCAUGAUCGAUUCAGUUGUCCCAGGUGAAGUGGAGUUGGCAAUGAACGACAUGGUAACAAGGCGGUACAUGAGCGAAGUCACUAUCAGGGGAUCAGGUUUAAAACUAAUAAAUAGCUGGUAUACAGAAAGGGCUAUGACCAAAAAAGAAGAACGUAUGAGAAUCGUGGAAGCUACGGCAAAUAUUAUUCGAAAGGAUAUUCGGACUACUGUUUACGAUACAACCGAAUAUCCAGACUUGUCAAAUUUUACAGAUGAAGCGGAACAUCUUGUGCCAGAGACUUUAAGUGCACUUGUGAACACAAUAAUUGUAAAAGACAAAAAGGGUAAAAUAGAUGGUGUUGAGAAGAAAUGUACAGCUAUUGCUCACUCGCUCAUAUCGGCUACUAAGCCGCGUUCUUUCUCAUCUCCUGUAUUGCUUGGACUUGCUGUAUACCUAUUUCGCAAAAUUGCUUCACGGAACAUAGUGCAAGCCGUUUCACAUUUAGGUUUUUGUUCCACCCAUAGCGAUGUUUCACAGUUUGAACACUCUGCUGUCAAAUCUUGGAAUCCCGAUAUUAAUGAGAAAUCUUUUUCUCAAUUCGUAUUCGAUAACACUGAUUUCAAUAUAAACACCAUGACUGGUAAAGACACUUUCCAUGCAAUGGAUGGAAGAAUAAAAAAGGACGAAGAAGAUUGUGAGAAAUUUACACAUUGGCUCAAGGAACACUCUCCAUUAAUUAUAACGGAAAAUUUGGUAUCACUUUCAAGUGGACUUGUUGCCGAUGACAACUUCGACUGUUUUAAAGCAAAAGAGAUCGGAAUAAAAUCGAUGGAAACGUUAACUAAAGAAGGAAGUACAUAUGGAGAUUUGAAACUCAAAUGUUCGAAUAUGACAAAGUUAAUUGCAUCUACUAUACUACAAAUUCCGUCAAAAUUAAAGACGACAAUUUUUGAACUGGCCUCUGUUCUCGCUUCUUUAUUUGAUGAGAAAGGUUUAAUGAGGAAAACGAAGAAAGCAUCAUUGUAUGAAACUUUUAACAAAGUUCCAGAACGAACUGCCGACUUGAGCGGUCAUUUCGAAUUUGUAGUGGAUGGUGGUAAUUUGCUUCACCGUGUGGUUUGGCCAAAACAGGCUACAUUUCGUGACAUUUACUCGGCCUAUUUUAACUUUAUACGUAAACACUAUGGUCACUAUGUAACUGUAUUGUUUGAUGGAUAUGCUGAUAUUUCCAGUAGUACAAAGAGUCUUGAACGACAAAAACGACUCCUGAAGCGAACUUCGGCUAUAAUUACAUUCAGUGAAAACACACCAAUACACGAUCAACAAAAGACUUUGUUAGGUAAUAUAGCUAACAAAGAUCGUUUAAUUUCUCAACUUGUCGAGAGGCUAAAUUCUGAGAAUAUUAAUACUUUUACUGCUUUAGACGAUGCUGACUUACUAAUCGUUAAAACCGCCAUCGAUGUAUCAAGUCGACACGACACUGUGGUUGUAAUUGGUCAAGACGUCGAUCUUCUCUGCCUUAUUAUUGCUCUUACUCCUCAAGAUAGGGAUAUUUUGUUUGAGAACCAGCCGUAG